UGCGUAAAUCAUUAUCUUACCUGCACUUCUCUCGUCUACAUAUUACUGCUCCUUCGUUCGUGACUCGUUUCCGCUGAAGGAACCGUAGACUCGGGAACCUUGACAAAGAUGGCAUCAAACAUGACGGCGGGGGAAUACUCCCCUGUUGCUGAAGCUGAUCGUAUCUUCAAAUAUCUCUGUGACCAGUCUGAACGACUAAGCCUACCGUCGGAGGUAUCUGCGAACAAAGAUGCGGUGUCGUUCUACUCGGCCGCCAACGAAAUAUAUUAUCCGAUCCCGUUCAAAGAGACAGAGACGAUCGCUGCGUUGAAAGGAGUCGAGGGAUCCGUGGCUGCCGCGAUUGCUGAUUUGCGGUAUGGCCAACCGGCACAGAAGAGAAAUGUGAAAGUGAGCUUGGAGAAGGCGACUUGCUUUGGUUGUCAGGCGUAUAUGGCAAAGGUAGACGGACUGGGAAAGUUGGAUGCGGGCGUUAGAGCGAAACUGAAAGAUACGGAUCUCCUGGCCGCUCAAUCUAACGGCUACCGUCGGAUGUCUGCCAAUCUAUACGAGACCAAGAACGAUGGGGAAUUCUUCCAUAUCCAUGGCUCGCUGGAGGCUAGCACUACGUUGAAGAUGAUCGGGCUAGAACCGUAUCGACCGGAUCUCACAGAUUAUCACGACAUCAUCAAGGUGAUCGAGAGCCAAGUCAGGAAGUUUACCACUGCCGAGCUGGAGGACAUGAACCGUGAACGGAGACAGGCUGGUGUAACUGCAUACAAGUACGAGGAUUUCAUCAAGACGCCACACGGAAAACUCAAUGUACAGGAGCCUCCGUGGAAGGUUACCCAAUUGAAGGGCAACCUGCCUCCCACUCCAUUCCCAGCCCCUUCCACGGGAGGACAGAAGCCCCUAGAAGGCAUCAAGGUUCUUGAGCUUUGCCGUAUCAUUGCAGGUCCAACCGUCACACGUGUGCUGGCGGAGUAUGGCGCAGACGUCCUCAAAAUCACCGGCCCCAACCUGUCAGAUGUGCCCUUUUUCCAAGUGGACGGUAACAUGGGCAAACGUGCUGCGGAUCUAGACUUGAAAUCUGAGCCAGAUCGUCGACGAUUCGAAGAGUUGCUUGCCGAUGCGGAUGUUGUCGUGGACGGCUAUCGUCCGGGGGCCAUUGAGAAACUUGGCUACGGACCUGAUGCGCUUGCUGCCCUGGCAGAAAAGCGUGGGAAGGGUAUUGUCUACGUGAACGAGAACUGUUUCGGCUACGACGGCGAGUGGGCAGACCGUGCAGGAUGGCAGCAGAUUGCAGACUGUGUCACCGGAAUCGCCUGGGCCCAAGGAAAAUUCAUGGGCCUCAACGAACCUGUUGUCCCUCCGUUCCCCAUCUCCGACUACGGCACCGGUUGCAUGGGAGCCAUCGCAGCACUGACGGGUCUGUACCACAGAGCUAAGACCGGUGGCUCCUAUCACGGAAAAGCGUCCCUCAUGCACUACGACCUGCUCCUCUUCGCAGUCGGCCAGUACUCUCCUUCCGUCCAGGAGAAACUACGCGCCUCUCUACCACCUGAAUUCUUCCAGAUCCGUCACCACGACAGCGUUGACCGGAUUUCCGCAACGGCAUUGAAGAUCCUCCGAGAACGGUUCCCCCACCUUUUCGUCUCUCCUGACGACAAGUCCGGCAAGGAAUCCUACGUGGAGAAAUGGUGGUCGAAAGGAUACAAUGCCGACAUCGAGGUCGUCCGCCCAAUCACCGAGAUUGACGGUAUCGAGACAGGCUUCGUAAGAGCCAGCAGACCAAACGGCACCGAUAACGCAUCGUGGGACGACUUUUCCAAAACAGAAGAGGACUAUAAAAAGAGCCAAGCAACUAAUGGCGUGAAUGGAAACCACAUCUAGAGGCAUCGAAGCGUUGUAAUUCUUUUUUUUGUUUUUACGUCGUCAUUGAUGCAUUUGAUGAUAUCCUGAAGAGCCCUAUAUAGGAAUAUAUAGACACUAUCCUCCACCUUUGCUCUGCGGCCAAUGU